AAUCACAAUGAAUACCAUCGUAAGUGAACUUAGUAUGAACGAUUUAAACAACAAAUUCUUUGAAAUAAUGCAAAGCGAAAGCAAUGCCGAAGACGCAGCCAAUUUUAUUUACGAUAGUGUACUCGACGAUGUCGCGAUUGGAUUUAUUUUCGAGUUCCACCACGGCCUAAAAACUGGGUUGACGGAUUUAUUAGAAGGAGAGAAAGAAGACGAAGAGCCCUACAAAAUUAUAAACUCACCAGAAUGCGAUGUGUUUGGAUUUUCCGUGUUAAAAAAGACUCCAGAUAGUAACUGUUCUUGCCCGAAUUGUGAGAGGCCUGUGUCGGCGACCAGGUUCGCUCCGCAUUUAGAAAAAUGCAUGGGAAUGGGUCGCAACAGCUCCCGCAUUGCGUCCCGCCGUAUAGCCUCAAACAGCCGCGAGCCAACCUCAUAUGCUGGACUCCUCAGUGAUGAUGAAGAUGACGCUGACUGGGCUGGGGGUUCCUUGCAGAAUGAACGCAGGAAGAGAAGGAUUAAGAACAAUAAUAACAGGAAGCCUAAUAAACUUCAUAAUGGCAACAACAGGAAUAAUGGAACCCAGAACUCUGACUCCAAUGAUGGUGUUACCUAUGACACAAUGACUGCCAGUGACAAGAAAGCCUUACUGCUGCAGAUUUGUGGUGUGGUGUCUGAACACACAAAAAAAUUGUGCACUAGAUCUACCAGAUGCCCCCAACACACGGAGGAACAGCGCCGGGCGCUCCGCAACAGCGUGCUGGAGCCCUCGACGCCCGAGAGCGGGCUCGGCGCCGACGACGCGGGCUCGCCGCCCGACUCCAGCCCGUCCUCGUCCUGCUCCUCGUCCAGUCGCAAGCGGGACCGCCACCGGGCGCCACCGAAACCUAAAAAUAAGAGGGAGAGAAUGUCGCCUAAUGGGAGGGACUAGACUUGUGCCAAUAGUGGGUGAGGAUGCUUAUGGUUUAAACGAAUAUUAUUUGAGCUGUAACCUUGUAAAACUCAAUUCUAACUAUCUUUACCUUGUUGUUAUAUAUAUUGAUGUUUUGUUAGUAUAAUAUAAAAUGAAAGACUUAGUACCUACCUUAAGAAGAAGGGUUAUGGAUUGAGAUUUGAGAUUGAUUUAUCAUCGUUCAUUGUAUGAAAUUACUAUCUACCUGUUCAUGCUAAAAUAAUUUCUAAUGGAAAGUUAUAGUCGCAUUUUACGUGACAUGAUUUUUAUCGUCUGGGAUGGAUUUGAAACGAUUUUCUUUACAUUUAGAACAACAGCCUAGAACAGACCGACACACGAAGCCUUAACUAAAAGAAACUCCCAUUCCGUCCCCGUAAAAAUCACAAUAUAAAUGCUGCAAACUUUAAAACCUAGUUAUUCACUUUGAACUUGACAUCGCGUUGUGCUGCUCUUGUUUGCCAUAUUAAGGAUAAGGAAGGAAAGUGAUGAAACACGAAUAAUUGGGCAAAUAUGGCCGUGUGAUACCGGCGUGUAUCUCACAAUUACCUCGUAUUUAUUCGUCAUACACUUUAGACGAAUAAAUAUAAUCAAGCUUCAUUGACUCUUGUACUGAUGAUUACAAAAUGCCUCAUGUAAAUAUUAAUGUAUAUAAGGGCCUCCGCUAGCUGGCGCGGGUGCACGGAGCGGACGAGCGGGUUAGCGAAAAAUAGUAUGAGCGACGCUAACUGAAGCGGACGCGUACGGCGGAUUUCACCUACAAAUAGCACCCGCGUGCGUCCGCGUCAGCUAGCGUAGGCCCUAAAUGUUAAUGUAAUCAUUCCUGAUAUUUAAUGGAACUUGAACUGUGUACUGGAUUUAUUUAGACAGGGUUUUUUUAUUCUUGAAUGCUUUGAAAUAAUUUGUAUAAAUUGUUUAAUUGUCUCAAUAUUAUCACAAUUUUAACACGUUCACAGUUCAGUGCCCCAUAUAUGGGUCACGCUGAACUUACUCCACACGUCCGUGCCCCACAUAUGGGUCACGAAGAUAAGACCGAGUACGCACUUAUAUUAGUAUAACUUCAUACUACAUGAUAAUAUAGGGAUAUUUCUCAUAUCGAGGGCUUCAGGCCAAAG